AUGGCGUCAAUUUUCAUGAGGAACCUCAUUAUAUUGUUACGGGCUACAAAAGCCUUCUUGGACGCAUUAAGUGAAGCCGGUGCGACGUGCGUCUCCCGCGCGACCGCUAUAAAGUUUCUACUCGCUCGUAAGUUUGACGUUGCGCGGGCGCACACGCUCUGGAGGCAGCAUGAAGCUACUCGCCGGAGGGAGGGACUCAUCAAAUUUGAACCCUUCGAAGAUCCGCUGAAGACGGAACUUGAGACUGGAAAAUUUACAAUACUGCCUACGCGCGAUGCGACUGGGGCAGCUAUUGCGGUGUUCACUGCCAAUAAACAUUUUCCCAGUCUCACAACGCAUCAGACCACGUUACAGGGUGUAGUGUACCAGCUUGAUGUGGCAUUACAAUCAAUUGAAACACAGCGCGCUGGUUUAGUUUUCAUUUACGACAUGACAGAUUCAAAGUAUACUAACUUUGACUAUGAGCUAUCACAGAAGAUUCUAACUAUGCUAAAGGGUGGUUAUCCAGCGAAGUUGAAGAAAGUGUUAAUUGUGACGGCGCCGCUCUGGUUUAAGGCUCCAUUUCGAAUACUCCGGCUAUUCGUGCGGGAGAAGCUGCGGGAGCGUGUGCAUACAGUGAGUGCGCCUCAACUUGGAGUGCAUGUCCCCAGAGCUAGUUUGCCCAAGCAGCUUGGAGGCCAGCUUGAGCCGGAUCACGCAGCUUGGCUAGAGCAUUGCCGAAAUUGCUAUACGAAUAACCUUCAUAACUCAAAAUUGGACGGUGUUAUCGACGAGUAUGUGAUCAGUAAUCACAUUCUGCCGGUCAAACCGCAAAAUGGUUCAAUAGAGACGGAGGCGGGCAGGGAUAUGACGAGCGACCGAGUGACGCGCCACAGCGACGCCGGCGACAUCAUGCAUAUUAGCGGAGACAUGCCGUACACCUGCGAUCCAACGCCUCUCAGGCAUACACAUGUUUACAAUGGAGACAUUAAAGGCAGUCAUAUUAACUCCGGAGAUGAAGAUGAUCUCGAUUUAAUAACUCGCGGCACGUGGUCUUCCGGCGAAGCUUCGCCAGGCCUCUCGGAUGAAGAAUGCGGAGGUGGAGGUGCUGGAGAAACUCCCGCGGCGCUUCUGGCCCGCGUCAGGCAGUUAGGCCGGCGCGGUCUUAUCGCUGAGUACGAAGACAUACGGGCGCGGCCACCGCACGGUACCUUCAACCAUGCCAAAUUGCCACUUAAUCUAGUCAAGAACCGAUAUACGGACGUGCUGUGCUACGACCACUCGCGCGUUGUCUUGUCACAAACCGAUCCGGAUGACCCGACCACAGAUUACAUCAAUGCUAAUUAUGUCGAUGGUUACAAACAGAAAAACGCCUUUAUAUGUACACAGGGCCCUCUACCAAAAACAUUUGGUGACUUCUGGAGAAUGGUGUGGGAGCAAGGCAGCCUCGUUAUAGUGAUGACGACGAGGGCGGUGGAACGAGGCCGGGUCAAGUGCGGACAGUACUGGCCGGCGACGCUCGGCGCACGCGCAGUGCACGGCGGCUUUGCGGUCACCACGGAAGAUAUCGAGCAAGAAGACGACUACACAAUCUCACAUUUGUUGCUGACUGACUUAAGGACGGAAGAGUCCCGAAGUAUAUGGCACGGUCAGUAUACGCGGUGGCCAGAUUAUGGUGUCCCGGGUGGAGGGAGGGCACAGCCGGUGCUUCGCUUUCUGAGCCUUGUUCGACGGGCUCAACACCGUGCCAGAGCAGAAUUAGGAGAUGCCUGGGCAGGCCACAGUAGAGGACCUCCGAUCGUUGUUCAUUGUUCGGCUGGCAUUGGAAGAACAGGUACGUUUUUGACGUUAGACAUGUGUACGUCGCGACUUGCGGCGGAAGGCGUUGUGGAUGUGCGAGGCACAGUGGAGCGCAUACGGGCUCAACGUGCCCACUCUAUACAAAUGCCGGACCAGUACGUGUUCUGCCACCUUGCGCUGAUCGAAUACGCGGUGAUGCAGGGGUAUCUAGAAUCAGCUGACCUCUCUGGCUUCGAUGACGACAAUGACGAUCAGUCGGAAUGA